UAUUAUUGUCGUCAUAAAGUAACGUAUUUAUAAUAACUACCUCUCUCUCUCUCUCUCACUCACAUGACAUUCAUACAUACGAACCAAACUUUGGGAAAGCAUAUGGCUUCUUCGGAGAAUGGCGUCGAUAGCAAGAGUUCUCUCACCAGACUUGUUCCACUUGAAGCAGUGCUCUUUGAUAUAGAUGGAACUCUUUGUGAUUCUGAUCCACUCCACUAUUAUGCCUUCCGUGAAAUGCUCCAAGAGAUUGGUUUCAAUGGAGGUACCCCUAUAACAGAGGAAUUUUUUAUUGCAACUGUUGCUGGCAAGCACAAUAAUGACAUUGCUUUGGCUCUCUUUCCUGGUGAUUUGGAGCGAGGUUUAAAGUUUCUAGAUGAUAAGGAAGCCAUGUUUCGGAGAUUAGCGUCUGAACAACUGAAGCCUUUAAAUGGCCUUGAAAAAGUGAGGAAAUGGGUUGAAAGUCGCGGGUUGAAGCGAGCUGCCGUUACCAAUGCUCCAAGACCAAAUGCAGAACUCGCUCUCUCAAAACUUGGCCUCUCAGAUUUCUUUGAUGCGGUUAUUAUUGGUGAUGAAUGUGAACAUGCCAAGCCUCAUCCAGAUCCCUACUUGAAAGGUCUUGAAGCUCUGAAGGCAUCUAAGGACCACACAUUUGUAUUUGAGGAUUCGGUUUCAGGAAUCAAAGCUGGAGUAGCGGCGGGGAUGCCUGUUAUAGGUAUAUCUACCCGAAACCCAGAGGAUUUACUGAUGGGAGCAAAGCCUGCCUUUCUGAUUAAGGAUUAUGAUGAUCCAAAAUUGUGGGCAGCUUUGGAAGAACUUGACAAGUCUAGUUCUCAUUAAAAUUUUGAGUGGCUAGUGCAACUGACAGAAUUUCUUGGUAAAAACAAGUAGCAGUUUUCAUAUUAAGUUCAUUGGAUCUCCUGUGUAAUUUUGUUGCAGGGGGAAAUAUUAUUAUAGUAGUCCAUAAUCAGUGUUAGCUUUGGAGUCGAGCAAACAAUACUGCUUUAUUUGUAUUUUGUAAUAAUGUGAUAGUUGGCUAUGAAGGUCAUGCCAAGGAAAAUGCAAUAAGUGAAAGAGAGAUGGAGAUAGGGAGGAAUUUCAACACUCUUACAUUAUUCAUUACUUAUAUAGAUUUUGAUUUUUGUUCACAACACUGUGUCAGAAUGUUACUUGAUGAUUAAUGCUCAGUGCAAUAAAUUUUGUACUUUAAAUUCU